GGGGGGGAGAGAGACAGGAAGGGAGAGAGAGAGAGAGCGAGAGAGAUGUAGAGACAGGAAGCCUCCGCUGCUACUGAGCCAGUGAGAUGCAGGCAGGCAGAGAGAGAAGACAGAGAGAGGGGCCCUCGGCAUCUCCGCGGCUGGCCCAAUGAGGGGGUGAGGGGCUCAAGAGCACUACAACGAAGAGAAUAGUGGGAGGGGAAGCUGAAACUGAGGGAAAAGAAGAAGGGCGAUAAAAUCAGAAACAGGCUUCAGCAGGAAAAGGGGAGUGGGUGAGUGGGACUAGAGCUGAGGAGGGAAAAACAGAUAAAAGUUUUGGAGACAGAGUAAAAGAGGGAGAAGGAAGGGUAAAAGAGACUGAACAUCAGAGCGGAUAAAGCCUGUUAAUGGCAAAGGUAGGAGGAGAUUCAUGGAAGAAGAGGAGGAAGCUCUCGGUGUCUCAGGAGUCCUCCUGUUCCCCUUUUACUUCGUCUUCAUUCUGUGAGGCUGCUGGACAUCAUCCAUCACCAUGUUCUCUGACAGCGGGGCUCCAGCGUCUGGGGAGCAGAAAGGCUUCAAGUCCCACACCCCUCACUUCAUCCCGUGGCUGCGCAGUAGCUUGAAGGCUCACCACAGCAGUGACCUGGGGCUCAACGGACCGUACAAAUCCAACUCAGAGACCCAAAACAACCUGACCCCACUGGAGAGAGCCAAAGGCAUUGGCUUUUUCUCCAUCCAGAGGAAAGACCGGGCAAAAAAGGGGGAACUUCGGUGCAAUGGGGUGGGGAAGGCCAGGAUGCUGCCAGUUGUGCUGAGGGGUCACCACAUCCUGCCAGGGAGUCUGGGGAAGCAGAGGGAGGACAGUCCUGCCAGGUGGAACCGGACUAAAGAGCUUGGCACAGACCCUAACUCACAGAUCAGCCCAGGGGAGGGGCCACAGGGCCUGGCCAACAGCUCCUCCACUGCUCAGGACAACCAUACCUUUGUUAGGAGCCCCAGCAGCCACCUGAGCCUGCAUCAAUCACAGAGUGACAGGAGUAGCAACUCAGUCAAGAAAUAUGGGCCACUAGUUGGACCUCCUCCUGUUCCUGCUGCUGCAUUGCUCUCUGAGGAGCCAAACUUUAAUGUGCCUGUUGUUAUGUGUAUGGAGGGUAAAGGGGGUAAGGUGUGGGACUACGCCAGCCAUGCUACCUACCGUCAGAGAGACCUCCAUUCAUCCAGCUGGCUGAACUAUGACACUCAGGGACUAAUAGCGAGGCAACAUGGAUUCAGCUCCAACUUCAGCUACAUCAAUAAACACAGCAAGAGCUCCCAGAGCCAAAGAGACCUGACAGCACUGAGGGAGCCACCUGUGGAGGAUAUGAGCAGGCCCCUGAAUGGAGUUAUCUUCUCCACUGAGAUUCCUCACAGAGGCCUGAGCUGUACCACAACUCUACGAGGCCCCAAGAAACCCAGACCAAGCUCAGAGCGCAUCGCAUUUCUGGAUAAGAACCAGACGUGGGCGCAGCACAGACCAAAGAGUGAAGGGGAGGCACAGAGGAAAGAGGCAAGCUGCAAAAGGAAGGUGGUUCGAAACCAAAUUAAACGAGUGGUGGACAACCUGGAGCAGGUUCUCAAAGCCCUGAGGGAUGUUCAUCAGGAAAUGAAAGAGGUGGUGCAGCAGAUCGACCAUCUAACUGCAUCCAUUGAUCUGAAUGAGGAGGAGGAGGAGCAGGAAACUGGAAGAGACAGCACCAAACCUCCCAGUAACAGCAGCUACAGUUCAGGCUCGAGCUCAAGUGAGGCAACAGUAGGCAUCACACAUCAGAGGCUGUCAGAGCCUGAAAACCAGCCAGAAACUGUGGAUUCAUCUGGCACCCUGAGGGGAGAUCAUCAUAGCAGGAGCCACUCUCCACCCAAUGUGCAGCUGCCCCUGAUAACCUCUGGAUUUUUAUCCGAGAGGAGUCGGACUCUUCACCUCACCGGUAGUCUGGGGGCCUCACCCAAACGCGCUGGGAAGCUGCCAUACCCCAGUAACAUUCCUUCAUCCAAUUCAGCCCAACUUCAAAACCUCUCCUCCCGUGACCAUGCUCACUCCCCCCAAAGAAGCCUCCCUGUUCGGCCUCCGACUCCUGGUCUUUCCCCUUUAACAGUAAACUUCCAUCUCCCCAGUAGCUCUGGGUCUCAGCCUCAUUCCCCUGGGGCUACCUCCUCCAUCAGGAUCAACCCCGUCACACCUCCCUCUCCCCUGUCUUCAAAGGCUAACCCACCCCCUGCUCUUAGCCCGUCUGUCAUCAUACAGACCAAAGUGGGGUCUUAUCAGACCACACAAAGUGAUCUCCCAUCUGCUGGUCCACCUUCUCCAUCAUCCAACCUGCCUCCGUCUGCUAGCUGCCCACCCACCAACUCAGAGACUGAAACUGUGUCCGUCGCUAACACGGAGCGGCGAGCAUGCUCAGCAGGACCAUCACACAUACGCACCACAGCAAAACCACCCACAGCACAAGGCCACAGAGGUCGCAAGCCUCCACCUUACUCACAUCACAGACUCUCUGAAAACAGAAAGAAGGUGAAGGAGCCCCGCAAAGCUCCUCCGUACCCUGAGAAAAGAAGGCUGCUCUCAACCACAGUGUGAGACAAUGCAGCAGGAGAGGGGGGCUGAUCGAACAGAGCCAUAUUCACAGCACCAGCCACAAGUCUGCGAGAGUGGAGAGUGAUUUAAGGCUUGCCAAGCUGAGCUGAGACCAAGUUUCCAAGGUGACAAGGCAAAGACGCAACUUGGGGGCACGGAGCCAGAGCAGGAGGAGGAAACAUGUGCUCGCACUAAUGACAGAGUGUGUCAGGACUGUCCUUGCUGUGGGAAGGAGGCGUGUCAAGGUGCGCUCCACUUCACAGACGACCACAUCAGACACGGCAGACCUCCGUAAAGUGGCUGAGCUCAGACCGAGCGCGGACAUUAACCUUCCAUGAAACAUUAAGUGCACAGACUCGAUUCGGAGUGUGACGUCAAGAACAAAUAAAGUUUUCAUGCAACUUUGACUUGCUCGGUUCAUGUUAGUUUGUCAAGGGCACAUUAAGGGUUUAUAUAGAACUGGAGGGAAGACGCUGUCAAGCAAUAGCUAAGUCCAAAAUACAUUUAUUUCAGUUCUAGUCAGGACUGUAUGGUUUGGUAUAUUCUGCUACCGAGGUGACGAGAUGGAGUGUUGUUUAAUCUAAAUCCUUAAGUUACGAAAAUGCAGCAGCAACUUUAUCGACUAUGUGUCUGGUGGCACGCCUCAUGGAGCGGACUCCUUUGGUUGGCUUAUUGUUGCAGUAAAGCAACAGAUUAUGCAUUCGUUUUUCAUUGAUUUUUAAGAAGUAGAACGGCCCAGUGCCGCCCCUUUUUGCA